GGAGUUGUGGCUAAAUUUAGUGACAUUCUUGUCCGUAUCAAACAGCGCGUGACAUCAUUAGGUUAUUUACAUUCAUAGACCGGGGCAGAGGUUUAGUGUAGGUUCUUAAUCUUGAGAAGCACGUUUUCAAACAUUUCACACGUACUCAGGCAAUUUCGCAGCCUGGUCCACCCCCCUCUCUCAGCCUAUAAUUCAAAUCAUCUGCGCCGUAUUUCCUGUUAGCAUACUUCUUCUCGCAGCAAAGGUAAACGUCGCACCCUCCGAUCUUUCUCGUCAUCUGAGUUUUCCUCGAGAUUGGCAGCUGUUGCCGUUGCAAAUGGAAAACUCCAGCGGCCCUAGAGUUGCCGAAAGUGAGCUUCAAACGGCGCUGGGCCGAAGCGACCACACGGCCGUUGUGAAUGGCAAUAUUCUCUACGUGUGGGGAGGAUGCCAGACGGUCGACGGAGAAGAAGUAACUUUGCCUAGUGAUGAGAUGUGGCUCUAUGACACGGAAAGUGGGAAUUGGGCCCUGAGGGAAAUGAAGGGAGACGUUCCGCCUCUCCUGUCUCAGACGUGUAGCUCCCAUCUCCAGGGCCGUCUCUAUGUCUUCGGGGGCUGUGACGGUAAUGGCCACACCAACCAGAUGUAUUGUGUGAAUCUGGAUGAUGGGGAGUUUGUCUGGAAGAGGUUGACGGGGGCGGAGGGGACCCCUCCCUCGCCGAGGGACAAACACUCCUGCUGGGUAUACAGAGAGAGAAUCAUCUACUUCGGUGGAUACGGAUGCAAAACAGUGCGGGAGAUCAACAAUGUCAAGAACUUCACAGUGGACCACACAUCCUGGGCCACCAUAGGCACAGUGAUCUUCAGGUUCUGGGGCUGGAAUAGCGAGGUCCACGUGUUUGAGCCUGAGACGAACACCUGGUCCGAGCCUCAGACACAGGGUGUGUGCCCAUCUCCAAGAGGCUCCCACUCCAGCGCUACCGUGGGCAACAAAGGCUAUGUGUGUGGGGGCAUGGAGUCCACUGAGAUGGACCUGCACUGCCUAGAUCUGGACACAUGGACGUGGACCCAAAUAUACCCUGCUGAUGGGCCCCUCCCUGUCGGACGCUCUCUGCACACGCUCACAGCUGUAUCAGAAAAUACACUCUUCCUGUUUGGGGGUUUGAGUGCAACCGGGCAACCACUGAGUGAUGUGUGGGAGUUUGACACCCGGACCAGAGGGUGGAAGGAAAGGGACAAUCGGCACAAAGACCAGCCCAGGUUGUGGCACUCGGCUGGGCUGGGGAAGGACGCGGACGUCAUUGUGUUUGGAGGAACCCGAGACUUUACUGUGCUUAUGGACUCGGUGGCAGUUUUAAGGGCUCCGUCGGAGAACCAUUGUUCAGAUGUGUUGGUCUUUCAGACACAGCCUUACUCCCUGCUCAGGUUAUGUGAGAAUUGCAUAGGGCAAAAUGCAUCUGUUCUGUCGAAGCAGGUGUCAUGGUUACCGACGAAACUCAAGGACAGUACUCGGAAGAGGAUUUCUUACUACAGCGCACACACCGAACACCAGGACACAGCCCCUCCAACCAACACGUUGGGUUAACAGUGUUGGCAGAAAUUAUAGCACUUUAGUUCAUGUCUGUCAUCGUGGAAAGUGUCUGUUUUUAUUGUUUCAAUUUUAAGCUAUGUAUAUCUUUGUCAUUUUAAAGCUUCGGUUUAAAGUGUGGUGUAGGAUGGAACAGGACAUUCUGCUGCCUUAGAGAAAGCACUGCCAGCAUGUUUUGACUGUGACUGCUGUAAACACCACGAAAUUUGCAUUGUAAGAUUUUACUUUUGAAACUGGGUAAAACCUUUAAAUAAAGAUAUUUUCUCUAUAAA